UCCGUUUGUAUAGAUGAAGCGUCCACAGAAGGCUGAGAGCGUAAAUAUACAUGUCCCUUGAGAAAAUGGUGGGGAUGGAUGGUGUGAAGGAGGGAGCUCUCUCUUUUCAGAUGAUGGGCGUCGCAACUAGACAAAAUCUCUUGGCAAGUAUGCUAAAAACAACCACAGACAUGGGAUCAUCGUAUAAUCCUGCCGCAGCCCGGCAUACAUUGCAACCACCCCCACCCAUGUACGGGAAAGAUAUCGACGACGAAGAGCCUCAUGUGGAAGUCUCAGACACCUGCCCUGCGUGUUCACCCGAGUGGCGGCCGCGCUGCCUCAUCCCGAACAUCCUCUUGUUCUUCGUCGGACGUGCGUUGGUCGCUCCGGCCGACUCUCACUCGAUUCUGAGGAGGAGGAGGAGGAGGAGGAGGAGGAGGAGAGGUGCGGUUUAUCCUUUCAUUGCUAAACAUUCUCGGUUACGAAUGGCCUAUCCCCCCCACGCACCUGGAACAUCAUUGAUCACUGCGCUGAGUUCCAAGAGCAAGGAAUAUUCUCGAAACGGAGAAAAACAAAUCUGCUGCGGUGCGGUGUCGUUUGACCCGCCUCUGGAUUCAGACAGGCUCUUCCUCCUCCUUGCCUUACUGUCGGGUCGUACAACGAACCGAACGGACGGGUACACGUAGGCCCAUCGGAGGACGUCGCUUUGGAUAUGGGCAAAGGUGGAAGGUUUACACACCCAAGCCCCCCCAAGACGAUCGAUCGAUCGCGCGCUCGAGAUGGUCGAGGUGUGUCAGGUCAGCCGCGCAGGAGCGAGAAUGGCAUUGUGUGCGCCCGUAUGUGUCUCUCGCUCUCUCGAUGUGAAGCUUCGCUUAUGAAUCAUAAUUCCUCUAUCCCGCAGUAGCGACCGCGACCGCGACCACAUCCACCGUCUUGGGUUCCUCCCUGCCAAAAGCUCCUCCUCUCGCCAUACAAGAUUUCCACGUACGGAC